AUGGAUAAAUUCAUCAUAAGGAAGCGGCAGAGAACACCACCCACGGCUACCGCCAUCAGCUCAAGGGAUACACACAAUGCUGGGAGCCUCGAUACUGUGAAUUUAAUCCAUGAAGAAGACGAUUCAACGGAUAUAAAGCUUGCUAAGCUGGCCUCUAUUUUCCCGGAUAUUCCGCCGGGAGAAUUAUUAGAUCUUCUCAUAGCGAAUGAAGGGUCCAUCGAAGCCACUACUUCAUCGCUUGUUGAACAUAGCAUUGCAAGGAAGAAAGCCAAGCAGCUAACCAGCAACUCCGGAUCUAUACAAAGUUCAUUGUCGUCUUACAAAAUACUGCUAGAUUCUGAUCGAGAUAUUGGUUCUCCUGGUCUCCUUCCAACUCGGAAAGGCAAAACUCUUCAUCUCUACUCCCCUGAGGAUAUAUCACGAUACACAUCCUGUACAGUGAUACAUAACUUUCUUUCUCCCGACGAGGCGACAGCAUUAUUGAAGGAGCUCUUAGAAGAGUCACAAACUUUCCAUCGACAGAAAUUUCAAAUAUUCGACAAUGUUGUAUCAAGCCCACACUCUGCAGGAUUUUAUGUUAUGACCGAAGAAGAACUACGGGAGCAACAGUCCCAGUAUUCAUACUACGGGAGCCUCAGAAAUGAUGUGCGCAAGGUGACGCCAGAACUACGCAGAGUCUCAAGCAUUGUUAAGAAGGCUGUGAAUCAGGAAAUUGAGAAGCGUGUGAGGACAUUCUAUCCAAAUGGCAAAAAAUUGAAAUUCCAAUCUCCCAAGGAGUGGGAGCCAAAUGCUGCUUUUGUCAAUUGCUAUGACGGCCCCACAGAAAGCGUAGGAUACCAUUCUGACGAGUUAACGUACUUAGGGCCCAGGGCUGUCAUUGGUAGCCUGAGCCUUGGUGUUGCUAGAGAGUUUCGAGUGCGCAGGAUUGUUCCCCCUGACGAUGAAGAUGAGGACCCUGAUAAAAACACCAGCGGAGAAGGUGGUCAGAACACCGACCAUAACUUAGUCAUUGACAAAUUGGAGAAGCCAAAGCCCGACCCUUCCCGCUCAGAUAUACAGGGCCAAAUCUCCAUUCACCUGCCCCAUAAUUCUCUUUUGGUAAUGCAUGCUGAAACUCAGGAGGAAUGGAAGCAUAGUAUUGCUCCUGCGCAAACCAUCUCACCUCACCCUGUUGCCGGUAAUAAACGCAUUAACAUCACCUACCGAUGGUAUAGAGAUUCCCUACAUCCGAAGAGGACCCCACGAUGCCGCUGUAACAUGCCCUGCGUUCUUCGUUGCGUACAACGGAAAAAGGAAACCCGGGGGAAAUACAUGUGGAUGUGUUAUUCUAGUUACGCACCAGGGAAACAGUCGUGUUCUUUCUUCCAGUGGGCAACAUUUGAUGAUGAUGGGGAACCAAUUUGGGAUGAGAAUCGUACCAAAGUGCAUUGA